AUGGAUCUUAGAGUGACGAUGCUGCUUCUCUUUCUGUGUGCUCUGGCCAUCAAGACCACUGAAGGUGGCAUUCCUAAGUGCUGCGUGAAGACAUCUAUGGACAUUCCCACCAAUCUGCUGAGGAAGGUAGAGAGAGCAGAGAUGCAGUUGAGCAAUGGUGUCUGUGAGAUCAACGCACUGAUACUGCAUGUGAAAGGGAAGAAGUUCUGUGCCCACCCCAAGUUCAAGAGAAAGCUGAAGAGGCUCCAGAAUAGGGCAGAAAAGGCAGAAUAAGCCUUAGUGCUCUGUGGAGGGAGGGAACUCGUUAAUGAGAGAGAUGUGAUGAAGUCUGUGAGGCUGGAGAAGGAGGAAGCGGAGAAGGAGGAAGCGAAGAAAGAGAAAGAAGCGGAGAAAGAGGAAGCGGAGAAAGAAGAAGCAGAGACAGAGAAAGAAGCGGAGAGGGAGGAAGCGGAGAAAGAGGAGACAGAGAAAGAAGCGGAGAGGGAGGAAGCGAAGAAAGAGAAAGAAGCGGAGAAAGAAGAAGCGAAGAAAGAGAAAGAAGCGGAGAAAGAAGAAGCGGAGACAGAGAAAGAAGCGGAGAAGGAUUAA